AUGCCACCACCACAAUCUUCAAUGGCGGCAGCUUUGGGUUAUCCGAGCGUAUCUUGCAUGUACUGUAAAAGCAAAAAGGUUGAAUGUGAUAAAUUAAUACCAUUUUGCACGGCUUGUACCAAAUCAAAUAAUAACUGUCAAUACACUUCUUAUUCACUUUCUCAACCUUUGAUCUAUGAUGAGAAUAAAUUUAUUAAUACAAGCAUCAAUUGUAAUGUCAAUGUCAAUGAUAAUAGUAUUAAUAAUAACGAACACUUUUUAAAUAAUAAAUUACAACUAGAACAAUCCCAUCAAAGGAUCCCUAGUAAAUUUCCUCCGUAUUACUUUGACGCAAAGUACGUUGAAUUUUCUGAACCAACAUGUUCACCGUAUGAACUUUUCAAUUCUCGAAAACAAAAUGACGAUAAUUUAGAAGAUUUUAAUAGCAAUAGAAACACUAAUUAUAAUCAAUUAUUGCUGGAUAAUUCUCCUCUUCUUCCUCUUCCUUACAUGCAUUCUCCAUCUACAACAUUUAAUAACAAAAUCCCUUCUCCGAUUAGCGAUAAUAAUUGUUGCCUUGAUUCACCACCACAAACAUUACAACAACCUCAAUUAUUACAAUCACCUCUUCAAACCAAUACUUCUAUGACUGCCCCUGAAAUUCAAAUUACUCCUGAUGAUGGCAACGACCGUGAUAACAUUUCCACCACUGCUAAUUUGUCUAAUGGACAGGUUAUUACAAUCUACGUGCCUGAUCUUGAAUAUGCGCAAAUGAUUCUUGAAAACAACACCAGUACAAAUUUACCAGCUCCGCAAGAAUUGUUCUAUUUUGCAUUGUUAGACGAAAUACGGCAAAUUCCAAAUUUUAACAUUACUAAUGCGGAGUUGGCAAAAGUUUUUACCAAUUCAUGGCGAAAUUCCAGUAUUGAAUACACAGACAAAUUUAUUAUUUUGGCAGACAAACUUGAACUCGAUUAA